CUCAGUGAUUUCCUGCUCCCUGUAAUGUUCUCCGGAUGUUCUGACGGAUUGACUUUUGGUUCCGCGCAAGAAAAUGCUUGUUUACAUCUAAUCUCCGCGCGCGUCUUACUCACGAAUCGCGGGUGGAGAUAAACCGCAGAACCGGUGGUUUUCCGGUGUGUGUGUGUGUGUGUGUGUGUGUGAGGCUCGGCGAUGCCCCGCUGCCUGUGCUCGGAGCCGCUGUCCCCGGCGCAGUUGAAGCGGCUGGAGGAGCACCGCUACAGCUCUGAGGGUCGCUCGAUACUCGAACCUGCGUGUCAAAUCUACUGGAACUGGUUAGUGCAGCAGAUCCCCACGUGGCUCGCGCCCAACACCCUGACCAUCACUGGCCUCAUCAUCAACGUGUUUACCACCAUCAUCCUGGUCAUCUACUGCCCUACUGCCACCGAGGAGGCUCCGCCAUGGGUUUUUAUUCUAAGCGCUUUGGGUCUGUUUAUCUACCAGUCACUAGACGCUAUCGAUGGGAAACAAGCCCGGCGGACCAACAGCAGCUCAGCACUAGGAGAACUCUUUGACCAUGGCUGUGAUGCAGUCUCUACAGUUUUUGUCGCUGUGGGAUCGUGUAUAUGCGCCGGCAUCGGCACCGACCCCAACUGGAUGUUCUUCUGCGGCUUUGUGGGAAUGUUCAUAUUCUUCUGUGCGCACUGGCAGACGUACGUGUCCGGGACACUCCGCUUUGGCAUUGUUGAUGUGACUGAGGUCCAGAUCGCGAUUAUAAUCAUGUACCUGAUGUCUGCUUUUGGAGGAGUGAGCCUUUGGCAGACUACGGUGCCGGUGCUUGGCUUGAAAUUGCAAGUGUUCCCCAUCGUGGGCAUCAUCGGGGGAUUUCUGUUGUCAACCUACAACUACUUCUUGGUCAUCCUGAGCGGCGGCGUGGGCAAAAACGGCUCCACGGUGGCAGACACCAGCGUGUUGUCUCCUGGCCUGCACAUCGGCCUCAUCCUUACCUUGGCCUUCAUCAUCUUCAAGAAGUCCUCCAGCCAGCUGUUCGAGCAUCAUCCUUGCCUCUACAUCCUCACCUUUGGCAUGGUCAUGGCUAAGAUUUCCAACAAGCUGGUGGUUGCUCACAUGACCAGGAGCGAGCUUCAUCUCAGCGACACAGCCUUCAUCGGCCCCAGCCUCCUCUUCCUCAACCAGUACUUCAACAGCUUUGUUGACGAGCACAUCGUUCUCUGGAUUGCGCUGAUCCUGUCUGUGGAGGACCUGACACGUUACUGCACAGGUGUGUGCCUACAGAUCGCCUCGCACCUGCGCAUCCGAGUGUUCAGCAUCACCCCGCCCACAAGCCACACCCACAGAGACUGACAAUUUGCCCGGCGGGAGGAGGGAGAGGCAGGGGGGCCGAACGAAGGGGUCACCCCGCUUCUCAUACCAGAGCAGGAGAACCAGACCCACAGCAGCCUUCACACUGUGGAGACCAUGCAUUAAUAACUAACAGACCUGAACUCAAGCAGUUCCACUCGGACAGAUUGGAGUUUUGCAAAACCACUGAAUAAAAAAAUAAAACACACACACACACACACACACACACACACACACACACACACACACACACACACACACCUGGGUGCUAUCUUCUACUUGUCUGGAAAGCACUGCAUAACCUGAAAUUAUUCCAUUUGUUCAUCCUGUGGAUUUCAGAAAGUUUUAAAAUCCAAUCCAUUUUUCUUUAUUUUUGAAUCGAACGAAGUGCCAAUGUAAACCCGGCACUGUCCACUAUUCGCAGUGUUCCCAUCCGCACUCUCGAUUCCCUCAGAUCGUUUCCUAUAACACUAACAUUCCAACAUUUCCAUUUAAUUCCCAUCGAGCCAAUUUGAAAAAAAAUAAUAAUAAUUGUCCUGUGAUUUGUUCAGUGAUUGCAUCGUUUGUAUUUAUUAUUGUAAUCGGACUGGAUCGAGUGUGAAAUGAAGUCAGGUCUUGGAUAAAAGAGACAUAAUUGUCCGGGACUCCGGGAAAACUGGGAACCAGGAACAUGUUUGUGCUAAAAACAGGACUCCGCCUCCACCUGGUGGAUUGUGGGUAGGGAAGACGGACGCUUCUGAUUGAGACACACACACACUGCCUGCUUUGAAGAUCUCCUUCCAAAGGGCUACUAGUACAAAUAAAUCUGAAGUGAUUUGUGUAAUAAACUUUCAUUGUCUUGAA